AUGCAGAACCAUGACCUUCUUGAGCUGACAAGAGACCUCUGUUCACGGCCUGAAUCAGAGGCCACUGAGAUUUUUCACCGUCUACGGGCGACAGGCGACGCAUUUUAUGUCCUGAAUCUUGUCCGUACGGCAGACCUUCUGUCACAAUUUCGGCACAGCACGACGAGUAACUCUAUGGCUAGGGCUACAGGCACCUCUUGGCCGGGCGCUUGCGGAGCCAUUAUCGACCAGGCAGUCACAAAAGGGUCCUCUAAGAAAGAAAUGUAA